AUCGCUCGACUAUCUGGUCUCUCGGAGCAGUGAAGGUGCAGCCACGCACCGAGCCACGGCGAUAUGGACAAGGUCCUGAAACGUGUUGGUCUAUCGAAAAGGACGAUCGCCGACGGUUCCGCACCGAAGGACAAUGAUGACCCCGCGAAGGGACGUCGCCGACGCCGCAGCAAGUCCCGCCGCAGGGCCACCCACAAACCCAUCAGCACCACCACCACCGUCGCCGUAGCCGCCUCCAGUAAAAAGACACGCGGCUUGUUUAAUAUUGAUUGGGAUUCGGUUAGGGAUUGCAAAUCGUGCAAAUCUCGGGCAUUAACCAAACGCUUUUGUAACAAGAAGUGUGACAACGAGCUGUACCGCUCCAACAGCUUCAAAUUUGAACGGUUUGUCCGCGGAGGCGAUGAAGUAUCGACCCUCGAAAAAAAGAUCUCCGUGUGCGACGAGUACAGUCUACCUGUGGACCACCUGAGCAAGAAAAGACCAAAUAGCAUUGCCGUACCCAGUUUAUCUGACUGGAACGUCUCGAGUCCGAAUGAAGAGAAGGUAUUGGAGUAUCGCAGCGAAGCCGAUCUAAAUGUCGAGAUCUUAGAGACGUACUCGACGCCAAGGGAUUCCAGGCAGCAAUUCAGUGAGGAGGAGGCAGACCAAAAAUGCCUCACCAGUCCGGACCGCGAAUAUUCGCAGCCGUACACCACAGAUGGAUCCUCGGAACCGUCAUCCGAUGAGGAGUUUUUCAGGCAUCAGGUUACUGUCUCUCAAACUCCACUAGAGCUGAACUCCCCUGAUAGCAUAGCCGAAGCGAUAUUGCCAUUGGUGAACGUACAGUCGCCCAUCCGUGCCGAUAUAAAACGUCACCCUUCGCCCUAUUAUUAUUCCGAUUUAUAUAAGCCGCGGGCGUCGCUGGAAUCGCCCUCCAAACCGACCACCUCGAAAUAUUGCGAGAACGUCAGGUCCGAGCAUAAUCCCGGAAAGCCGACGUUCGAUCGGCAGGGGAGCGAAGAGCGGAAGAAAUCGAAUCAGAAAUCGUGGAGUAGCUAUCACAAGAAAUACAGGAAAAGCUUGGAUAGCCAGUCGGAAAAAUCGAACAGGCCGAGAGGCAAGUACCAAUUAGCACAUGACAGAUACAGGAAAAGCGAUGCCGGCAUCAUUCAGGAGCAGGCCGAUCGAUUAAACAUCGAGUCCCCAUGCGCUUGUGUGGAUGGCGACGAUGCCUUAGAAGACGAGAUGAGUCGCCAGAGGCAUGUUUACGAGACCGCUUUCGACUGUCGGAUCAGCAAGUCCGACGACGAUUUGGAUGAGAUAGAAAAGGUGACCAACCACCCGGUGCUGGUCGAAUUCGGAAGCGCAAGAGAUCAUGAAAGUCGGAGGAAGGUCGCCUCGCAGUACUCUUCUAAAUCCAACAUAGAGGACGUUCCCGUCCUCACCGCGCUAGCCCAAAAGUUGGAAACAAUGCAUUUGCCUACAGAAGGGGCUUCUCUGCCACUUCGCGGUUACACCCCAUCCCCUCCGUCCACGGCCCCGCUGCCAACAAAAUUCCACGGCAAAGAAUCCAUCAUGAACAGCAUUCGUAGUGCACCCAAUCUCCCCUCGCAUUCCAAGGCCCGCUUGAAGAAUUUACACCUACCCAUUAAGUCAUUACGCGGCUGCUCGCCGACUAGUAGCAGCAGUACUUUCGACAUUCAACUUCCCCAUCAGAUCCAGGACUCCUCGCUCACUAAGGACAACCGCGUUCUCGAAAUUAAGGACAGGCCCCGCAAGGACCUGCUGCUCUUUAAACGCGCCAAGAACGGAAAGGGUACGAUCCUGGAGUUCAAAUCACGCCGAAGAAGACACAAGUACUCCAGCACCGAGAGUAUGACAACAAGUAGCAGCGGCGGCAGCAUGGAGAGCAUCAAGAGUAGUACUAGCGAAGGAAAUCGGAGUACUACGAGCACCGAAAGUCGCAACUCUUCGUCCUUGAGCUCACACGACUCCGACUCUGGAGCCGCCAACAACUUCCUAGUGGCCCAAAGCACUGUGUUCCAUGGGCAGAAUAAGCUACACAUACUCAGUCCUAUAUCAGACAAGUCUUCACAGGAGCCAGUAUCCGAGAUGUCGGAUAACAAUCGCAAUAACAACUCGCAAAAGUGCUCACCCGAAGAAGUGGUCAUGAUCGAAACGUCGAAGCCGCGCAGAAGGCUUCCACAGAACAAGAAUUUACUAAACUUGGGCUUCCAUAGCGGCGACCCGGAGAUUCAAGGCUCGGACAGCGGGAUCUCAAUCCAAUCACGCGAAGGCCAUAAGUCUAGAUUCGCCAUCGGUGAGAUCUCCGUGCCAACGCAGACAGAUUUCUCUGAUCUGCCCUUCGACAUGCCGAAAUUACGUCGACGACGGAUCAUGGCCCAAGAGGCUUGUACUUCAGGCAGCGCCACGUCAAUCGAUUUUGGCGAUCUGCCAUUUGAUAUGCCAAAGUUAAGGAGGCGGCUUCGAAUCCAACAGUCUACCAAAGAAACGAGUGUUUCCCAAGCGUCUUCCAGCCAGAGUGUCGUUGACCCAGACGUUCAAACGCUCAGUUUCCGACCGAAAUUGACGCUGAAUUUAACGGAUAUGGGAACCCAGAAGAAGAAGCCCGGUCUCGGUCUGUCGCUGAUCGGAAUGGGCUUAAACUUAAAUAUCAAAAGUCCUACAAAACAUGAACUAAUCGACAUAAAUUUACCACUGGAAAAGCAAGGAUGGUUCCAUGGAGCUAUAACACGAGUAGAAGCAGAGAAUGUGUUACGUUUACUGCGAGAGGGAAGUUUUCUGGUGAGGAACAGUGAGUCUACCAAGCAGGAUUACUCGUUGUCAUUGAAAAGCGCCAGGGGUUUUAUGCAUAUGAGGAUACAAAGGGACGACACGGACGGAAGCAACGCCUUCAUCCUUGGCCAAUUUAGCAAGCCGUUCGGCUCAAUACCAGAGAUGAUCAGACACUUCUCCUUGAACGGAUUGCCCAUACGUGGCGCCGAACAUAUGUGUCUCAUACAACCAGUUAUUGCACAAUUGUUGUGAUAAAUUCAGUUUCUUUCAGUUCGGUUUUACCCGUUUUCGUUUGCGGUUUUUAUUAUUGAAAGGAACAUUCGAGAGUAUAGAAGAGAUAAAAUAUAAUACAGAUCUAGAUAUCGACAUUCCAGAAAUACUAAGGUAAUACGAUAUGCAAAAGAUAUAACAAAUAUUUUGAUAUCUAAUAAUUGUGAAAUUAGAAAUUAGAAUAUUUUUGGUAAUUUUCGGUAUCCGUGCAUACAUAUAUCUACUAUAUCUAUACGAGGAAGGGACAGAACAAAGAUUUGCAAUAAUGAUGAGUGAAAAUUCUUACGAAUCUAAUAAUACCGAUGGCUUCCAUUUUCUUUGUUGAAUUGUUAUUUGUUCCCAUGCAUGAUCGUAUAAAAUACGGAUUUUAAGCAAAAAUACAUUUCGUUUCUUGAUAUCAAAAACCUCUUGCAGACAAAAAAAAUAUGAAAUGUAAGCAGUAGAAGAAACAGAAAAAAAUAUAUAUAAGAUGUAAUGGAAAAUAUGAAUAUUUUAAGAUUAGUUUUACAGCCCAGCUGGAAACAAAUUUGCCAAAGAAAUAUGACUGUGAAUAUAUUUAUCUACAUUCCUAUGUUACGAGAUUAUUGUUUUGUCGUUUAGGUUUUCUUUUCCAACAUUAUUAUUAGGGUACCACUAAAUUAUCGUAUUCAUAAUUGAAUUUGAAUAAAAAAAAUGAAACAAAAACAAAAUAGAAACAAAGUGGUGGAUAUAGAGAGAAGGAUGAGAAGUAAUUAUAGUUAUUAUAAUGAAAUAGAUCUUAGAUCAAUGUUUUAGGUUAGUUGUAAAGAAUAAAGAUGGAUAAUAAGGACAUAUGUAUAUUCGAUUUUAUGGUUGUCUUAUUCGAGGCUCAAUUUAAAUUACUCAAAAUUUGUUGAUGAGAUUAUAUU